AUGGCUCUUGAGCCCAGGUCGCCGUCCAUGCACAACCGCUUGAUGGGAACCAGAAUCCCUCACCCUCCAUCCACCAAUUUUCAUGACGGUGAAGAGUUUCCCGCCCCGCCCGCGAAGCGACUCAAGGCUGCUGUAUCGACCGGCACCGCCAGUCCGAAGCGCGAGUCUCCCAAAAAGUCUACCCAGAAGAGGAGGAUCAAGGAUGAGAUUCCAGACUCGGAAGAAGAAGAGGGAGAAGAAAACGGCCUGGAGGGACGGGCAGACCCUAGCUCUGAUCCUCCACGGGCAACACAGUUGGAGGCUACUCUGCCACCGGUCAAGACGGAUGAAGAAGCCAUAGAGGCUUAUGAGGCUUACAAGGCAAGUGAAUACGCGCAUGACAACCAAGAUGGCCGAGAUGAAGACACGACAUUAUCGAGGCUUGAAUCACGCUCUUGGGUCAGAGGUCGUAGCUCUAUUUACGUGGACGCCUUCAACCUCGCUCUGGACACGGUCCUCGACGAGGAAGCGCAUCUCUUCAACGAAGCCGAGUUGAGUCUGUUUGGCAUAUGGAGGCAACUGAGCUACGAAGCGCAAUAUCUCUACGUGCGGCUGUUCCUUCGCAAGACCAGUAAAUGGUUCCGAGUCAAAGACCUUCAGUAUUACAGUGAUGUCGCAGACAUGGAGGCAGCCGUCGCGGAGUUGCAGAAGGAAAGACUUCUACCUGCCGUAGACGAAGCGCCUGGUGUCCACCCGGGGGAAUUGGAACCUCCCGAAGGCACGGUUUUGGGUGAGACAUUUACUUUUGCAGAAUGUUCGUCGGAACACAUCAAAACACUCGACGAGGCCAGCAGUCUCUUACUUUUAGACGAAUUGAAGACGCUCGCUAAACAGGCAAAAGUCCAAGGCAAGAACAAACGAGAACUGUUGCAGAAUUUCCGGCGCACCAGCGGCAGGCAAGCUGGUCUGGGUUUCAAAGAACUAAGACGUACGGAGACGCAGGAGUCGGGGAGUGCCAUGUCUGAGGACAAUCAGUCGAUCUAUGAUGAAGACGGAGAGGAGAGCAGUGGGCCUGGCACCCCGAACGCUUCGAGCGCCAAUCGAGACGCUCACUUUACGAAGAAAAUACUUGAUCGGACAGGACGUUGCAUCCGACUCUCUCUGACCCCGUUGAAGCUUUUCGAACGUGUCCAUCUUGUCUUCUACCGUAGCACGGAAUGGACGGAGAAAAGCCUGACGACCUUGAUCCUGGCGAAGAUAUCCCGCCGCAAUUUCCCAGAGUACAUCGUUAGCCGGUCGACCACCAUUUUCGAGUCCCGUGCUCUCCUCCUCGAAUUCGAAGCCAGUCUGCGCACACAGUUCCGGAUAGACAACAUACUUGAAUUCAACGGGACGCCGGGCCGGAAAGCUCUGGAGGAAGUAAAAGAGAUCUUUGAGGCGGUGUAUCCGCGGUGGAAAGCCCUGCUGGCAGAAGAACAGAGGAAGGAAGACCGCGUCUAUGAGAGUGGAGAGGGUGCUUAUCUACGUCGCUUCAGCCCAGCUUGGGUUUACACGCGUAUUGUGCAUAAGGCCCUUCACCCUCUUGCCCGGUUCAAGGAGCAUCUUCGUGAGCACGGACUAUUGAACGAGCUAUUGGACCAACGGCUCUUCCACGCGGCCAGAAGAGGUGCAUGGUACCAACGCAAAGCACUGUUGGAGGAACACUACAUGCAUGCUCUCACGGCCGAUGAAGGCCGAUCUUUCGAGGCAAAUAAGAAGCACUGGAAGCGCAUCGCAUUGAAGACCUGUGAGCUGGGCCUUCAAGAUAAAGAAUGCCAUGUCAUCUAUCACUAUGACCUGCAGAAGCGGGUCAAGAAGUUGGAAAAGCAGUUACGAGUGCCACUUCGGGAACAGCACGACUUCGGACAUGUGAAGCUUGGGAAAGCUGUGGAGAGAGAUGUCGUGGGUAUCAAAAUUGAGCAAGGCCGCGAGGAUACACCGUCACGAAAUCUCACGUUUAGUCGAAAGAAUAGCGCCAACACGGUUAUGGACGGCGAUCCAGCGGCGAGCAAUAACACCAAGCGCCCUUCUCUCCCCAACCAACCCAGUAAUCCAAUGCUUGGAAGCAAGACAGUCUGGCUUGACCAUCUGGACACCGACCUCCCCGUCUCCGUCGAAUCUAUGUGCCUCUCCCACUAUCGUCACGUAUUGGGUUACAAAGGCUACCACUCAGAGGGCGGGAUCCUGCGAACGAUCUUCGGCCUUUUGUUCUACGACAUCCUCUUCUUCAAUCCGUACAUCCCCAACGUCUUCCAGACGGCCUAUCAGACCUGUCCGCUCGAUUUGCACACGGACAGUUUCUUUUCGGCCCGCAUGCCGGAAAUUCUGGCGCGGAUCAAUCAGAUCUCGAACGGCGAGGCUGUAGAGAUUGUCCAGAGGGUGUGGGCACAAGAGCACGAGAGACGGACGUGCAUCGUCGGAGUGAGGUGGGACGAGUUUGAAAAGGACGAUCUCUUGGAGCUGGUGGGCUGCUGGGAGGGCCAGGCGUUGGGCACGGUCAUGCUGGUCAUGGCGCAGGAGUAUCAGAGCCGGGGCGGCGGCGUGCCGGAUCUGGUGCUGUGGAAGGUUCGUGGCCAGGCUGAUCAGGACCAGAGUGGCGAUAACGGUGACGACGACGACGACGACGACGGUGACCAUGCUCAAGUUCAGAGUGAUGGACCCCGACACCAAGCCAAGGGCGAAAUCCUCUUCGCCGAAGUCAAGUCCGCGAACGACCGCCUGAGCGACACGCAGAGGCUUUGGAUCAGUGUCCUCCUCUCCGCGGGCGUCAAGGUCGAGCUGUGCCACGCGGUGGCCGGCGAGACCAGGUCCGAGUGA